AUGAUAUUGACAGUUUUGAAUGAGAACGAUUUAGUAGUAGAAAAUCAGGUAGAAAAUGAAGGAGAAAUUGAAAAUAAUGUUACACCAUUGAAACUGCAGCUCAGUUAUUGGGCUACAAAACACAAAAUAAAACGGAGCGCUGUUUCGGACUUACUUAAGAUAUUACAAAAACAUGAUAGUGGAGCGAACCUCCCUAAAGAUUCUAGAACUUUACUGAAAACACCUAGGACUACUAAUAUCAAAUAUAUAAGUCCAGGGCAGUACUAUCACUUUGAUUUAACCUCAACUUUACUAAAUGCCAUUGAGGCGGAUAUAAAAAAAUAUCAAUUUAAAGAAAUUUGCAUAAAAAUUGGCAUUGAUGGAUUACCCAUAUCAGACUCCAACACCAGUCAACUCUGGCCAAUACUUGGUUGUAUUCAUCCUACUUCGAGAGUUUUUAUGAUUGGUGUUUACCAUGGGUAUAGCAAACCUGCCGACUCCAAUGAGUUUUUGCAGGCCUUCGUAGAUGAUAUUAGUAUUUUAAUUCAAGAGGGUCUGACAUAUAAGGAAGUUAAAUUUAAUAUAUCAAUUCAUUGCUUGAUAGCAGAUGCACCAGCGAAAUCCUUCAUAACUAAAACAAAAGGUCACACAGGUUACUUCAGCUGUACUAAAUGUGAACAGGAGGGUAUCUUCAUUCAGGGACGUAUGAGUUUCCCAUCAACCAAUUCUAAGAAAAGAACAGAAGCGUCUUUUAUUAUGCAAGAAAAUGCUGAAUAUCAUUUAGGCACCUCAAUUUUGCUCAAUAUUCCAAAUUUUGAUAUAGUCCUGGAUAUCCCGUUGGACUAUAUGCAUCUAGUAUGUAUCGGCGUCGUCAAAAAAAUUAUUUCUUUUUGGAUCAAGGGUCCCCUACAAGUACGUCUAUCGGCAGCGAAAGUCAAUAUCAUUUCCAAAAGUUUAAUACAAAUGAAACCAUUUAUUGUUCGAGAGUUUGCUAGAAAGCCUCAGGAACUUCAGUGUUAUAGUAACUGGAAGGCUACAGAACUGAGACAGUUCCUUCUUUAUACAGGACCUGUGGUUUUAUAUCAGGUACUCCCACCCACUUUAUAUUACCAUUUUUUGAGUCUACACAUAGCAAUCAGAAUUUUCUGUGACGAAAAACACGACGUAGUUCAGCUCCAAUAUGCUCACGAUUUGAUUUCACAUUUUAUUCAAUCAUUUAUUGUUAUUUACGGAGAAGAGUUCGUUUCCCACAACAUUCAUGGUUUGAUCCAUAUUAAAAAUGAUGUUGAACGCUUUGGACACCUCGACGCUUUCAGUGCUUUCCCUUUUGAAAAUUUCAUGAAAAAUUUGAAAACGUUUAUUAGUAAGCCUGAAAAACCAUUGCAACAGAUUCAUAGACGGUAUAUGGAAAUUCAGUCAUCGUCAGCGUGCAAUAAGUAUGAAGAAGAUCAAAAAGAAAAUAAAAUGUAUCACAAUGAUGGGCCACUAAUACCAAAUAUUUCAUUUAGAGAUCAGUUGCGGACAAAGCAGAUAUUAAAUUGGUUUUUUUCUAUCAAAAACCCAGAUAAUUGUUGUCACAUAGGAAGAAUAAUAAUAGAAAUACAUAAUUUUGCAUAUUGCAAUGAAAUUGCGCAAUAUGUGAUUAUUGGAAAACAGUUUCUUACUGUCACUGACUUUUAUCAAAAACCAUGUCCAUCUUCAAAUAAUUUAUGUUUCUAUGUGGAUAAUUUAAGUGAAAACUUUGAAAUGUGGCCUGCUAAUGAAAUAAGCGCUAAAUGUUUGAGGCUCCCUCAUGCCAGCGGUUUUGCUUCUUGGUGCGUGGUUGAGUUUUCCGAUGGCGUUCAAAUUGUACCUCACUCAUGGAUAACUGGUGACAAAUGUUACUGGCCAACCUAUAGUGGUAUUAAUGCUCAAUCAUUAUUCAAGAAGGCAGUAGUUGAGUACCAAGCACCUGAUAAGAAUAACUGGGCGUUGUAUGCAAUGAGGAUUUUGGGUAUUUAUGACUCUUACGAACAGGCUGCGCCAAAGCUGAAAAAAGCUGAAAUCCAGUCAGAUAUAAAUUCUUCGGAUAAGGAUGAGUCCCGCUCCAAGAAAAGCCGUCGCGUGAGAAAGAGGGUUGUUCAUUCAAGCGAAGAGGACAACACGGAUCCUGAAGAUGAAAUUGAGGGAAUCGAGCCCUUUCCAACUCCGCCAACGAAGAAAGCGAAUUUGAAAAUAACCCCUAAUAGUCGAACUGACACACGCAUAUCUCAGUUACCUGAUCAGGAUCCAAGUCCAUCAACCUCAACCAAUAAGGCUUGCAACUCAUCAACAUUUAAUUUCUUCACUGCAACUCCAAGAUCAUUGACUAAUCCAAGAACAACUUCACAAACAAUAAGUGGUGGAACUUUUAAAACACUGAAAAAAAAUCUGACUUUAGAGAAUUCCAGAAACAAAACAAACAAUGAUAUCACGGAAAUAAAAAAUCAGUUAAAAUUACUGCUACAGACAUUAAGGGAGCGUCAAACGGACAUCCAAGAAAACCCAAACACUGAUGAAAUUAAUAGCUUUAGAGAAAAGCUACCUAUGAAAACAGCAGCUGAUGUUGAUUCCUGGGAACAGAUAUUGAAUUCUGUUGAUGAGCGCAAAAAAAUGGUGACGUACCAUUGUAAAAAACAUUUUGAAAGCCCUCUUCACUGA